AUGGGGUUCGAUCCUGCGCGCGUGACCGAACUGGUGAUGAAGAUGGCUCGUGAGUUCAAGGUUCGUGACAUGGGCCGCCCCUCCUAUUUCCUUGGCAUAGAGACGGUGGCUCAUGGCGAUGGUAUGCUCUUGUCUCAGGGACGCUACAUGAAUGACAUUUUGAAGCGUAACAGCAUGGUUGAUUGCAAAGCCUUAGCCACUCCUGUCUCGCUCGUUCAGUCUGACGAGGUGUCUGAUGUGCCCUAUGCUGAUCCGAUGCAGUACCGUAGUCUUGCGGGUGCUCCACAAUAUCUUACGGUAACCCGUCCUGAUCUCUCAUUUGCUGUGAAUAGGCUUUGUCAGCAUAUGCACUCUCCUACCACAACACAUUGGAGCAUGUUGAAGCGGGUGUUGCGGUAUGUUAAAGGUACGGUUCAUUAUGGCCUUCGGAUUGGUAAGUCCCAGUCACUUGGUGUUCAUGCCUUUUCUGAUUCGGAUUGGGUUGGUGAUCCAAAUAACCAAAAGUCUACGAGUGGGUUCACAGUGUUCUUAGGCGCCAAUUUGAUCUCUUGGACCUACUGGAAGCAGCGUAUUUUGGCUCGCUUGUCAACUGAGGCUGAGUACAAGGCUUUAACGGAUGUUUCUCCGGAGGUCACGUGGUUGGUAUCUCUUAUAAAGGAACUUGGCUUGCCUCCGGUUUCUUCUCCUAAGUUAUGGUGUGAUAACUUAGGUGCAACUUAUUUCUGUACUAACCCGGUGUUUUAUCCGCGAACGAAGCAUGUGGAAAUAGACUACCACUUUAUUCGUGACAAGGUGUCCAAGAAAGAAAUCCGGGUGAAUUUCAUUUCCACUAAGAAUAUGGAAUAA